AUUCGCAUUGUAACAAUGUCUUCGCUUAAAGCGUAUUUAAUUUUCUUAAAUAUCGUAUUGUGCUUCCAUGUUAUCACUUCCCACACCUGUCACUCGUUUAAGAAUGUUACUGUUUUGCUUCAUCAAAAAUCAGGUGACCCCUUCAACAAAACAGUUAACGGCUGCAUAGAACGCAUAGAAUUCAACGAAAAAAACGUAGUGACCGAGGCGUACAUACGCAAUCAAAGUCUGCCCACCCUUGGAAGAGAAUCGGUGAGAAAUAUGGUAAAACUAAAAACACUGGUUUUCUGGGGAUGCAACAUAGUCAACGUGGAAUCUGGGGCUUUCAGAAACUUACCGCGUUUAAAAAACCUGCAGAUAUCAUACGGAAAUUUGAAGGAAAUAUCCAGGGAUGUUUUUCAUGCUGCACCUACAUUGGAGUUGCUGAGGAUUCAUAAUAAUGAGAUCGAUAUAAUUGCUGAUCAAGCGUUAGCGAACUUGCCGGGAUUGAAGAAGAUAUAUGCUGGCAAUAAUAUGUUGGAGUACUGGAAUAGAGAGUGGUUUACUAAUAGUACUUCUUUGGAAAUCAUGGAUUUUCAAUUUAAUAAAAUUAGAACACUGCCUAGAAGAGCGUUUGAAAACCUUCAAAACCUUAAGCAAAUAUUUUUUGAUUACAACGAAAUUUCCAACAUUCAUGAUAAUGCUUUCAUAGGUCUGAAAAACCUUGACUAUCUAGGGUUACGAUUUAACAGACUAGUCUCAAUUAAUGAAAAUAUAUUUCCAUCUUCACUUAAAAUAAGAUCCCUUCUACUGGACGCCAACUAUUUAAACUAUCUAUCAAACGAAUUACUAAACAAAAUCUCAGUCUCUGAAUUAACCUUAGAUGGAAAUCCAUGGAAAUGCCCAUGCUUAGAUCGCAUCCAUUUUUGGCUUCACUCUUCAAAUGGGACUCUUAACAAAGCUGAUUCCUGUACAGGCUCAUCAAUUCCAGACUGUGCCAUCUCCAAAACUUACUCUACCACAUGUUUGGAGACCGUAGAUAGUGAUUUAACCAAGAAAUACAUCAAAAGUUUGAGAGGUCUUUCCAAACCUCUGGAUAAGUAUUGUGCAAGAACUGAUUACAUCCUUAUAGCUGUUUAACAAUCAAAUAACAAUAAAAAUUAUUUAGAUCAUAA